UGGCAGGCGCGUCUGGUGGGAUGAUGACUCCCCCUGCCCCGCGCAGUGCUUGGUCAACCCUGUCAAAUGGGGAGGGCAUCCGAGAUUCACCAAAUAGUAGCUUCUUCUACUGUCCGGAUGAAACGUAGCGGUUAAGACUUCGAUUUACCCCUUUUCUUUCACUUCUCUUUUAUAUUGUUGACGGGGAGGGCGGUGUUGGUUUUUCUCCUCUUCAUUAGAUGAUAACGACUGGCAAGGCUAGACUAAUUGUAGAGCCUGUUCAUUAUUUUGUAGGCAAAGUGAAACCUUUUUGACUUAGGAAAUACCGUUUUUACACUUCCCUGUGUACCGCAAGCAAACCCCGGCUUCCAGUUCUUUCUCCUGUGGAGCGAGCGCCUUUUUUGUAUCACCCUAGCAACUGGUCCUCCUCGCCGCUCCUGCCUUGUGACAUUUCCUUGUCGCUUUGCUCACCAGCUAUCGCAUAUUGAAUUCGACUUUUUGCACCCGCCUGUAUACGGGGCCAUUUUUGCACACGGUAUUUCCCUACUUCGUCUUUAAUUUGAUUUAUUUAAAACUCUGGAGGUUAAUGCGUCGGAGAAGUCUCAUCUUUCUGCGUCAAAAUGCCUGUGAGACGCGGUCAUGUAGCCCUCCAGAACACUUAUCUGGACACCAUUAUCCGGAAAUUCGAUGGACAAAAUCGUAAGUUCCUGAUAGCCAACGCUCAGAUGAAGAACUGUGGCAUUAUCUACUGUAACGAGGGCUUCUGCCAGAUGUUUGGCUUCUCGCGGGCAGAGAUCAUGCAGCAACCCUGCACCUGCCAGUUCUUGGCGGGGCCUGGCACCAUGAAGACUGCCUUGACACAGCUGGCACAGGCCCUGCUAGGGUCAGAGGAGCGCAAGGUGGAGAUCCUCUACUACAACAAAGAAGGGACCUGCAGGCCCUGUCUGAUUGAUGUUGUUCCUGUGAAGAAAGUGGAGGGACAGGUCAUCAUGUUCAUCCUCAACUUCCAGGAAAUUAUUGACCCCUCCCUCAAGAAACCAGGUCUGAGACAGAGGGUGGCCCAGGGUUGGGUAUGGGCAGGGCAGAGUCGCAGGCUGAAGUUGAGACUGCCAUUGGUACGUGCAAUGCGUCGGUCUUCCCUCGCCAAAGACCAGUUUGAGGGGGUGGUGGUGGACUACCCACAGCCCAACAGUGAAGAGAUCCCUCUGAAAGAGUUCCUUAUCCCGUCCAAGGAGAGCUGCAUGCAGUCUGAGACAGAGGCGCUGAUAGAGCAGGACCACGGGUCCUCCCAGCCUGCAAGCCACUACUCCCCCAAACUGCUGUCCCUAUUGUCAGAGCGGCUGGAAACCAGCGUGCCCUUCCUCCCCAGCAGCCCCUUCUCCAGUGCAGCCUUCCCCAGGACGGUCCUGCCCCGGAGCCGCUCCAGAGAGACUGUCGGCAGCCUCCGCAGAGCUUCCUCCCUGGAUGACCUCGACAGCAUGAGGGCCGAGUCGGGCCGACCAGGAGACCAACGCUCCUACAGCAUUCCAUCUGAAUCCAAACAAACCAAGCCAAAGCUACCUGGGCCUGUUGGAGAUCUGAAGACCGGUACUCUGAGCUCCACCUCAGACUCGGACCUGAUGCGACGCAGGACCAGAACUCGCAGGACCAGCACUCGUAAACCCCUCACACUCAGUUUCGCCUCCGACCUCUUGCGACCGCCCUCGCCCACUGAGAUCGAGAUCAUCGCUCCCAGCAAAGUAAAGGACCGCCACCGAGAUGUCACAGAGAAGGUCACACAUGUCACACAGGUACUGUCCUUAGGGGCUGAUGUCCUGCCAGAGUACAAGCUCCAGGCGCCUCGCAUCCACAAGUGGACCAUCCUCCACUACAGUCCCUUCAAGGCGGUGUGGGACUGGGUCAUCCUCCUGCUGGUCAUCUACACGGCCGUCUUCACCCCCUACUCCGCUGCCUUCCUGCUCAACGAGGUGGAGGACGAGCUCCGGCGCUCCUGUGGCUACACCUGCAACCCCCUCAACGUGGUGGAUCUGGUGGUGGACGUCAUGUUUAUCGUGGACAUUCUCAUCAACUUCCGGACCACAUAUGUCAAUCACAAUGACGAGGUGGUCAGCCACCCGGGGCGCAUCGCCCAGCAUUACUUCAAAGGCUGGUUCCUCAUUGAUAUAGUGGCAGCCAUCCCCUUCGACCUGCUCAUAUUCCGCUCUGGCUCUGAUGAGCCCCAGACAACCACUCUGAUUGGCUUGCUGAAGACUGCUCGGCUGCUGCGAUUGGUGCGUGUGGCGCGGAAGCUGGACCGCUACUCAGAGUACGGCGCCGCCGUUCUCUUCCUCCUCAUGUGCACCUUUGCCCUCAUUGCCCAUUGGCUGGCCUGUAUCUGGUACGCCAUCGGCAACGCGGAGCGCACCAACUCAGCCCGCAUCGGAGGCAUGAAGAUCGGCUGGCUGGACAACCUGGCUGAACAGAUUGGUAAACCAUACAACGACACAGACCCUGCCUCCGGCCCCUCCACCAAGGAUAAAUACGUCACAGCGCUUUACUUUACCUUCAGCAGCUUGACCAGCGUGGGCUUCGGCAACGUUUCCCCCAACACCAACCCUGAGAAGAUCUUCUCCAUCUGCAUCAUGCUAAUCGGCUCUCUGAUGUAUGCCAGUAUCUUUGGUAACGUAUCGGCUAUCAUCCAGAGGCUGUACUCCGGCACGGCCCGUUACCACACCCAGAUGCUGCGUGUCAAAGAGUUCAUCCGCUUCCACCAGAUCCCAGAGGGACUACGCCAGAGACUGGAGGAAUACUUCCAACAUGCCUGGUCCUAUACCAAUGGCAUCGACAUGAAUGCUGUGCUGAAGGGUUUCCCUGAGUGUCUGCAGGCUGAUAUCUGCCUCCACCUGAACCGCUGUCUGCUCCAAAACUGCAGGGCCUUCAAGGGGGCCAGUAACGGCUGUCUGCGGGCGCUGGCCAUGAGGUUUAAGACCACCCACGCCCCUCCGGGCGACACCCUGGUCCACAUGGGAGACGUCCUCUCAGCUCUCUACUUCAUCUCUAGAGGGUCCAUAGAGAUUCUGAGAGAUGAUGUGGUGGUGGCCAUACUGGGUCAGAAUGAUAUCUUCGGGGAACCCAUCUAUCUUUUUGGGCGUCCAGGGAAGUCAAGUGCAGACGUCAGGGCUUUGACCUACUGUGACCUCCAUAGGAUCCUGAGGGAGGACCUGCUGGAGGUGCUGGACAUGUACCCAGACUUCUCCGACUGCUUCUGGACCAACCUGGAGAUCACCUUUAACCUCCGAGAUGUAGAUAGAAUGAACCAGGCACCUCCCAGUGAGGAUUCUGAAUGUGGAUACCGACGGCCGCGUCCACGACGCACGAGAAACCGGCCUGAUGGCAUGGACCGUGAGGACUCAUUUCCAGACCAGUCGUGUCCUUUGGGGAACCACAGCGGCCCGGACACAAGCUCCCACUGGGAGGGCAUGUGUAGCAGCGCCAGCGCCUGCUCCCAGUCCAGUGACGAUGAGAUGAAGCCCCUGGGACAUAGCAAAGCAGAGCUGUACCCCUCUGUGGCCGACACCGAUGACUACCCCCCUGCUGUGGUCAGCCUGCUGCCUCCCAGUGGACCCUCAGCAGGCAUGGGGCCGCCCCUGGACCGAGGAAGUCACCAAUACACAGCUGCAGCCCCCAUCAACAUGCCAGGCCCAGGGGUAUAUGGGUAUUGGCCUGACCGGAGGACCAGUCAGUUGUCAGAUCCCCAGUGGCGCUGCUCCUCAGUCAGGGGCACCUACCACUCUCCUCCCUGUGCAGAGGACAGGCCCAGUGAACUGGAGUCCAGAGUGGAGCUGCUACAGUCCCAGCUCCACAGACUGGAGACUCGGAUGACUGCAGACAUCCACGUGAUCCUGCAGCUGCUCCAAAGGCAGAUAACCCCAGUGCCCCCGGCCUACAGCACUGUGUUGCCCAGCUCUCACCCUGCUCACCCCACCACCCUGUACAGCACAGCAGCCCCCAUCAUCCACACUGUCCCCUCCAUGCCCCCAAUCAAGAUUGACAGCAUUCUUUUGCCAAUGCAGAGCCCGGACUCAGACAAGCACAAGUCCAAGGACUCCCUGUUCAGUGGAAUCCACCUCACGGUGGCCUCUGAUGACACCAUGUCCAUGUCCCCUGAGACAGAGCCCCUUCCAGGGUCCUCCAUGGGCCUCAGCCCCCCCCAUGUCUCCUGCCAAACCCUGGGGCCCUCUGGACUGCUGUGUGGCAGCCUGCGUUUCCCCUCCCUCCCUGACAACCUGGAGACCUCCACAGAGGGGCAGGAGAUUCAGAGGCACGUUUCUGACCCCAUCCUGCCAGGCAGCUAAAACCCUCUGACCUUUAACCUUUAACCUGAUCAUCCCUCACUCCUAGCACCCCCUGCACCACCACAGGAGGACACUUCUCUAAUUGUCCCCUCCUCUCAUUCCUCCUCUCCAAUCCCCACCCAACCCCCUAACCUGUAACAUGCUGCUGAUCCACGUGGGUUGCCUUCCACGUAGCUGAGAGGAGGUUCUAUGGAGGGCCCCCUCUCACUGACUCACAGUGCCCGGGGCUGAGGCACCUCUGGUCCUGUGUGACAAACAACCUCUCCUCUCUAUCAGGGUCUAGGGCAUUAUUGAGAGGGGGUUUAGGAUUUCUGCAACCCAGACCCCACAAAGCCUGGGGGCCUGGCACUGUCUAUGGAGAACUGAUAUGAAACUGGGCUGACUAGAAGCACACGUACACACACGUCACAUGGACACUAACAAUAACCCCAAGCCUCCUUUUCCCUGGAUCUCAAAGCUGUAGUAUUGUCAUUCCUCUCUCCUUUUCUUUUUGUUAAGUGAUGGUCCUUUUUGUUGGGAGAUAAGAAUUUGGCCAAAAAUACAUAUAACUGUGUGUACUGUAUGUUUACACUGUAGAGGAACUGCACAUUCAGGCUCAGUGCUGUUUAUAAGUUGAACUGAAAUGUAUUUUUAUAGUAUCAUGAGGAUCUUACCGUCAAUCUGGAAAUCUAAUAGUUAUGAUGCACACGUAUUCCUUUCACACUAUUGCUAUGUUGGUGUAACAUAUUAUCAACAGAUGAUAUAAAGAGAUGGUAUAAAUGCCAUCUAAAUACUGUUUAUGUCUGUAUGGUAGGAAUGACUAUUGUAAAAGUGGCCAUUUUGAAUACACUAAUUCUACUCUCAUGUUCUACCAAUCAUAUGACUUAAUGGAAAGCAAUAUUUGUUAACAUGAAGUGACAUGUCUCAUUGAGUCAACAUUGUCAGGGGUCAUGAGAACAGAUAAUUGACAUGGGAAAAAAGCAGACAGUUUUCUCAUCUCUUUUAUGCUGUAGUUAUGUCGCACUUGUGAAGCAUUAUAAACACCUUUCAUUUAUACAGCCAUUACUGCUUUGCUUGGGUCAUCAUGUUUGUGUACGUCUAUAUAUCUGUUCUGUUUCACAGGACUGUUGUUACACCAAGGAUGCAUCAUCUCUUUUUCAGGUGUGUGUGUGUGUGUGUGUGUGUGUGUGUGUGUGUGUGUGUGUGUGUGUGUGUGUGUGUGUGUGUGUGUGUGUGUGUGUGUGUGUGUGUGUGUGUGUGUGUGUGUGUGUGUGUGCGCGCACGCGCAGUGUUUGUUGACUAUGUUUGAGUAAGUGACAUGGUCACAUGUUUAACAUCACCCUUUUGGAAGGCCGGGAUUCAAUCUGAUUCUACAAGACAAUGUUCCCGCUUUUGAAGAGACCACAUGAAAAGUAAACGCUGUAUAUAUCGGCUCAAUCGGAGAUUACGUUCAAGUGGUGCAUUGUCCAAAUCUGCAAUCAGAUUGAAUCCUGGCCCAAAUGUGUGUAAUGACUCAAGGUGCCAAAGUUAGUGGAUGUUUGAUGCCCACCUGGGAAGAAGUGAUGUGGAUGGAAUUUGCCAAUCAAGUGAUGUCACUGGUGUCAUUUUCCCAAAAUCCCAGUGUCAAAUGUUUUUGAAAGUUUCAGGAGAAUGUAACUCUGUUUUUUAAGCCUUUAUUGUUCUGUAAAGGUUUCUUGAAGCACAAAAUCAUAAUUCUUAUGAAUCUUUUUUAGAUUAAAGAUUAUUUAUCAUAAAUAAUACAGAAACUUCAACUACUGACAAGUUGUUUAUUUUUGGUUGAGGGCUUGGACUUGUGGUUUUCACCAUUUACUAUUCUUCAGUUGGGCUUACUUUUGUGGAAUUCAAAGACAUCAAUUUAUAAACCAUAUUUUAAAACAAGGGAUUCAUUCAGUAAGAGCGUCUGCUAAAUGACUUAAAUGUUAAAGGCCCAGUUCAUCCCAAAGAUGUUUGAUGGGGUUGAGGUCAGGGCUCUGUGUAGGCUAGUCAAAUUCUUCUUCCACAUGAUCUCGACAAACCAUUUCUGUAUGGACCUCGCUUUAUGCAUGUUGGCAUUGUCAUGCUCA